AUUCUUGAUAUAAGAUGUCAUCGAAAUCGAAGUCACGAACGAAGAAAAAGCUUCGUCAACACAGUUCAAGAGGCCCAAUCACUGAAAUGCUCGCAUCAAACAUGUGUAUCUUUGAGGCACCUCCAUUCAAAGCGGAGCAGGAUUUCCCGAUAUAUCUUGCCGCCGGCUACGAAGAACGAAGAACGUUUCUCAAAGAAUCUGCUUGUCUUGUGGAAACGAAACCAGACGUAGAAAAUUACAGCCAGUCGCAUGUUAAAGUUCUGAAUAAAAUCCGAAACGAUCCACAUCUUAAUGGAAACUGGAAACUGCUCCCCAAAUAUGAUGAGGAUGUGAAAGGCACAAUGAUGCGAAUAUUGGGACAACGAGCAAUGAUUUCACAAGGAAGGGAACAUGAAAUUUCCACAUGUCCGGAUUCCGGCCAAGAUGUUCCAUUGCUUUCGCCGACUUAUAUUACUCCAAGGAAAAGAAUUCGAGUAACAGAGAAUCUCACUUUCAACACCUUAGAUAUCGUUCCUGUCUAUUCUGAUCUACCAGAUGAAAAAUUGACUUCAAUUCAAAUUCCCGAUACUCUUCUCUUCGAAUAUACAGACACGAAUGUUUUGAACCCGUGCUCCGCAAGAAACAUUGCGAAAGCAUGUAUUAUGUCUCAAAAGGAAGAGAAUACGAUUCGUUGUGAUUGUUGCUCAUCGAAUCCAAUUGUACCAUGCUACGAAAACGAAAACUGCCCGUGCUAUAAAUUAAACCAAAAACUGCAAGGAUUACAAAUAAAUAGUUCCAGUCACCCUCCUACCAAAUUCGCGUCGUUUGAUCCAGUAAUGUUCUCCAAUUCGAAUAGUACAUUCGAUAGAUGUAUUGGAUUCUCCUGCUCUGAAGCGUGUGGCUGCAAAGGAAACUGCACCAAUAACAGUUUAUUAAUUCUUAACAAAAAACUGUUUCCGCUCGAGAUCUAUCGAAGCAAUGAAAACGUUGGAUUUGGAUUACGUUCAUCUGUUCUGAUUCCAGCUGGCACGGCAGUAUUGGAAUUUACUGGAGAAAUAGUUGAGCGUAAUCAACUAGAUCGUGACAGUCAAGAUUAUGCUUAUCAGCUCACAGAUAAAGACAAUUCGAACUGGAGGCGUCUUUUGGAUACAAUGAAAUUCUCUGAUGACUAUAAAAAGUUUUUGAAGAAGUUGAGCUACGAAGAAUUUUUCAUUGAUCCAAAAGCCAAAGGAAACGUUGGACGAAUGAUUUGUCAUAGCUGUUCGCCGAAUUUAGAAAUCGUUCGUGUCUACCAGAAAGGUCUUUCACCAGCUCACGUACAUCUCGUUUUCAUUUCGCUGUUAAACAUUUAUCCAGGAACACCGCUUACAAUGGACUACGGAUACAACUACAUGAAAAAUCAUCUCAAUGGAAAAUGCGAGUGCGGAAGUUUUGCAUGUUUGAACAGAAAAAGCUCCUGUCAUACAAAUAUGUCAUUCGGAGAUUUCGCAGCUUAUUAUCGCAAAUUGGACCAUCAACAGUGGGAAAGUUGGCACAAGAACAUCUGCGAACCUCUUUCAUGCAACGACGAUGUAGUUGUUUUAGAUUAAGUGUUUUUGAAGUUUUACCGUUUUUUUUUCUUAUUUUUUACUGAUUUUCUUUUUUUCGUAAAUAAUAAACCUUUAUAAAAUCUUG